AUGUACGCUAAAAUUGAAACAGAGCGCUUAAAUUUUAUUAAAAACAAUCAAAUGCAACUCAGAGCUGAUAAUUACAUACAUCUCAGAGAUGCUAUUGGGAGACAAGAUACCGAUCUUACCCAUCUUGGUCAGAUGGUAGUUCUUCCGUCAUCUUUUACUGGCUCACCACGGUAUAUGCAUGAAAAAACUCAGGACGCCAUGACAUACGUUCGUCAUUACGGUCGUCCUGAUUUAUUCAUAACUUUUACAUGUAAUCCUCGAUGGAAAGAAGUUUCAAAUGCAUUACUUUCUGAACAAAAGUCCUACGAUCGUCAUGAUAUUAUAGCUAGGAUAUUUCAUUUAAAAGUUAAGACGUUAAUGAAAUUGUUAACAAAAGGGAAUUUGUUUGGGGAAGUGCAAUGUUUUAUGUAUUCGGUCGAAUGGCAAAAACGUGGUUUACCACACAUACAUAUUUUGUUAUGGCUAAAACAGCGCAUUUCUCCAGAUAAAUUAGAUUGUAUCAUUAGUGCGGAAAUACCUGAUCCUGAAAAAGAUUCUCUCCUUUACGAUAUUAUCAAAGCCAAUAUGAUCCAUGGGCCUUGCGGUAAUUCAAACAAUAGAUCACCCUGUAUGGAGUCAGGUAGCUGUAGCAAGAAGUAUCCUAGACCUUUCAUUCAAGAAACACAGACAGGAGACGACGGGUAUCCAAAGUAUAGGCGAAGAGCUCCAGAAAAUGGUGGUUUUACUGUUGAAAUAAAUGGUAAUACACUUGAUAAUCGUUGGGUAGUACCGUAUAACCCAGUGCUUUCACGUACAUUUGGUGCUCAUAUUAAUGUAGAGUACUGUAACUCUGUAAAAUCUAUAAAAUACAUUUGUAAAUAUAUUACAAAAGGAAGUGAUCAAGCAGCAUUUGGUUUUGAAAAUGAUAAUGAUGAAGUCAAGCUUUAUGAAAGUGGUCGAUAUAUCAGCAGCUCUGAGGCUGUAUGGAGAAUUCUGGCUUUUCCUAUCCACGAGAGAUUUCCAACAGUCUUCCAUCUUUCCGUGCAUUUAGAAAAUGGCCAGCGUGUUUAUUUCAACCCUAAUGGCUCCAGUCGUUUAACAGACAUGAUUAACAAUCCACCAAAAACUACUCUUUUAGCAUUUUUCGACUUAUGUAAAACAGAUGAUUUUGCAAAAACACUUCUUUAUGUUGAUGUUCCCUCUUACUAUGUAUGGAAAAAUAAUAGAUUUGAGAGAAGAAAACGUGGAAUUAACGUAAAUGGUUGGCCGGGAAUAAAACGAGAUCAAGCUCUGGGUAGAGUAUAUACCAUUCACCCUAAUAAUACCGAGUGUUACUAUCUUCGCCUUUUACUUCAUGAAGUCCGAGGUCCUACAUCUUUUUUGAAAUUAAAAACUGUUAACGGCACAAUUCAACCUACUUAUCAGACAGCGUGUAAGCCUCUAGGCUUACUGGAAGACGAAAGGCACUGGGAUACAACUAUGGAAGAAACUGUGCUUUGUGGUUCUCCAUUUAAAUUACGGGAACUUUUUGCAAUUAUGUUGAUAUUUUGUCAAUUGUCAGAUGCUUUAAGUCUUUGGGAAAAAUACAAGGACAGUCUUUCAGAAGAUAUACGACAUCGAGUGGAGUUGGAUAUACAACCCGAGAAUAUACUGUUCUUAUCUCUGGGAGGUACAUCUUUGCAACAUUAUGGUUUACCUCAGCCAUCAAGAUGUGGAGCAGUCUUACAAAAUAAAGAUUACCUUCGAGAGAUCAAUUAUGAUUCAAAUAUUUUGGCACAGUAUAUACAUUUUUAUGAACAUUUACUAAAUAAUGAACAGUCCUAUGUAUAUAACAAAAUAUUAGAGGGCAUUGAAAAGAACACUGGCCAAACAUUUUUCUUAGACGCACCUGGAGGCACUGGUAAAACAUUUGUCAUAAAUAUUUUAUUGGCCACAGUACGAAAAGAUCAUGGAAUAGCUUUGGCUGUAGCUUCUUCAGGCAUCGCUGCUACAUUGUUAGAAGGAGGUAAAACAGCUCAUUCUGUAUUUAAAUUACCAUUAAACCUAACGAGAGUAGAGACACCUAUGUGCAAUAUUUCCAAACAGAGCACAAGUUCUAAAAGACUGUAA